GGUCCGGCUCGGCUCCACCAUGUCGCUGCUGGACCGGGUGCACAUGGGAUCCAGCUUGUCCAUCCGCGGCGUGACGCGACUGGGCAGCGGAUUCAGUAUCUUCUCCGCGCAAAGACUCGCCUCGAGUAUGUCGGUGUUGGACUCCGCGUACUUGGGCUCCACGUUAUCCUUGCGUGGUAUUUCGCGGUUCGGCUCGAAUUUCUCGAUCUACAACCGCGUCGCUCUGGGCUCGAGCUUCUCUGCUCUGUCCCAAAGUCAUCUAGGUAGUUCGUUGUCGAUCCGCAGCUAUGCCCGGUUCGGCUCGGCAAUGUCUAUCUUCGGACUCGCAUCUGGUGGCAGUUGCUUGUCCGUGCUGGACUCGGCGAGUUUGGGGUCCGCGAUCUCCCUGCGGUCCUUCUCGCGCAUGGGUUCCAGCUUCUCCGUGUACGGCAUGCAGCGGUUGGGCAGCAGUUUGUCUUGCCUGGACACGAUCCUGCUCGGCAGCGCCUUGUCCGUCCGCGGCGCCAUCCGGCUGGGAAGCUCCAUGUCGAUCUUCAGUCAGAUGAGGUUCGGAUCCGGGCUCUCCUGCUUGGACUUCACGAACUUCGGCUCGGUUCUGUCCCUUCGCGCGACAUUGCGCAUGGGAUCGGCGAUGAGCAUCUACGGAAAGAUCCAGGCCGGGUCCAGUUUGUCCAUUUUGGACACCACCUUGCUCGGGUCCAGCUGCAGUCUCCGGGCUUACGCUCGACUCGGGUCCGUCCUGUCGAUCUACAACAGGGCUAAAGUCUCCGGCGCGUUCUCGGUGCUGAACUUCACGAACUUCGGGUCGACGCUGUCCCUGCGUUCCUACAGUUCGCUGGGCAGCAGUCUCUCCGUGUUCUGUAACAUUCAGGGUGGCGCGGCGCUCUCCCUGCUCGCGAACGGGUCCUUCGGUUCGUCCGCCUCCCUGCGUGCGUUCGCGCGACUGGGCAGCAACGUGUCCGUCUUGGACUCCAUCAUGUUCGGAAGCAGCGUGUCCAUGCGGAACUUCUUCCGCGUCGGGUCCGCGAUGAGCAUCUUCAGCAAGCUGGGUUGCGGCUCGAAUUUCAGCAUCCUGGACAGCACGCACUUGGGUUCGAACCUGUCUCUCCGCGGCUACGCACGACUCGGAUCUUCCUUCUCGGCGUUCACCUGCACGAGAUUCGGCUCCAGCUGCUCGAUCCUGGAUUGCCUGGGCUUGGGAUCCACGUUCUCCAUGCGCUGCACCGGGCGACUCGGUUCCUCGGCCUCCGUGUUCUCCGCUGUGAGACUUGGCUCGACGCUGUCCUGCUUGGACCAGACCAUGAUCGGAUCCGGAUUGUCGAUUCGUGCGUUCCUGCGCCUCGGCUCCGCCUACUCCGUGUUCUCGCGAGUCCGCGGUGGCAGCAGUCUGUCUUUGCUGGACUGCGCGUUCUUCGGUAGUUCGCUCUCCAUGCGCGCGCAGAACCGGCUCGGGUCCACGUUCUCCGUGUUCGGACAGGUCCGCGCGGGCUCUUGUUUGUCCAUUCUGGAUUACAUGAGCCUCGCUUCGACGUUAUCUCUCCGCGCGGCCGUCCGCGUUGGCUCCGGCGUGUCCAUCUUCGGCUGCUCCAACAUGGGAUCGCGGUUCUCCGUGCUGGACUCCGUCGCGUUCGGAAGCAGCAUGUCGCUGCGUUCGCACAUGCGCGUCGGGUCUGGGCUGUCCGUGUUCGGCGCGAUCCGAACGGCUUCCAGCCUGUCCGCGCUCGGCUACGGCAUCUUCGGGUCGUCGUUGUCCAUCCGCAACUACAUGCGGGUCGGAUCCGCCAUGAGCUUGUUCAGCCAGGCCAGGAUGGGCAGCUCCCUCUCCGUGCUGGACAAGAUCGCGUUCGGGUCGAGUUUGUCGCUCCGACAGCUCGCAAGGUUCGGAAGUUCCCUUUCCGUGGUUGAAACCGCACGGUUCGGAUCGUCUCUGUCCGUCCUCGACUACUUCAGCAUCGGGUCUUCGUUCUCGAUGCGUGCGGCCGGCCGGUUCGGCUCCACUAUGUCGGUGUUCGGCGUGGCGCGCGCCGGGGAGGCGGCUUCGCUACUGGACUUCUUCGCGAUCGGGUCGACGCUCUCCUUGCGUUCGUACUGCCGCGUGGGUAGCGGGUUGUCGAUCACCGGGUCGACGGACAUGGGUGACAAGUUGUCCGUGCUCGACGCGAUCAGCUUCGGGUCCUCCAUGUCGCUGCGGUCCACCUUCCGGUGCGGCAGCAGCGCGAGCUUGCUGGACUUCGUCACGCUCGGGUCCGCGUUGUCCCUGCGUGGCGCGAUCCGGUGCGGUAGCAGUCUGUCCAUCCACAAAGGGAUUCGUAUGGGUGCGUACAUGAGUGUGAUGGACGAAGCCUGCCUGGCUUCCGCCGUGUCCCUUCGUGGCUUCGCGCGGUUCGGCAGCAGCAUCUCGAUCUUCGACAUGUUCGCGGCCGGCAGCUCCCUGUCGCUCCGCACGUACGGCCGGGUCGGCUCCGCGGUGUCCGCGUUCGGCUGCGUGCGGUGCGGCAGCACGAUGAGUGUGUUGGACGCCACGGCAUUCGGGUCCAGUCUCUCUUGUCGUACCUACGUGCGGCUCGGGUCCUCCAUGAGCGUGAUGUGCGGCGCCAGACUCGGAUCCAGCAUCUCCGUGCUCGACUACUUCAGCGUCGGGUCCGCCAUGUCGCUGCGUGCGUACCAGCGGAUCGGCAGCUCCUGCAGUCUGUUCGGCGGUGCGAAGGGCGGUUGCCACUUGUCGAUCCUCAGUCAGGUCUCGCUUGGUAGCAGCCUCUCCCUCCGUGGUUUGGCGCGCGCGGGCAGCUGCGUCUCGGUGCUGGAUUAUUUGAAGAUGGGAUCAUCCUUGUCUAUCCGUGCGUUCGCGCGCUUCGGGGACGGGGUCUCCACCUUCGACUUCCUGCACGUCGGCAGCUCCAUGUCGAUGCGCAGCAGCACCCGAUUCGGGUCGUCCGUGUCCAUCCGCGCGUUCGCGCGGUUUGGCUCCGGGUUCUCGAUCUACAGCAAGGUGCAGAUGGGAUCAUCCUUGUCGACGCUGGACUUCCUGUCCAUGGGUUCCGCCUUCUCCGUGCGCGCAAUGGGACGCUGCGGCUCGGCUCUGUCCUCGAUGGACUUCGCGACGCUGGGUUCCUGCCUGAGUCUGCGUUGCAAGGCGCGGGCCGGUAGCAGUCUCUCCGUGUUCGCGCAGGCCCGCAUGGGAUCCAGCUUCUCGGUGCUCGGGCACACCUGCUUCGGCUCCAGCUUGUCGCUCCGGAAGUUCUGCCGCGGCGGAUCUGCCUGCUCGAUCUUCAGCCAACUACGAUUCGGCAGCAGUUCCUCCGUCCUGAACUACUUCCACCUCGGGUCCUCCCUCUCCAUCCGGCAAUUCGUCCGAAUUGGCGAGGGACAGGUGUCCGCGUACGGCUCCGGUCGGGUUGGCAUGCAGAUGUCCGUGUUAGACUUCGCAACGUUCGGGUCCAACCUGUCGAUGCGCAGCUCGGCGAGAUUCGGGUCCGCCAUGAGCGUGUUCGAUUUCAUGCAGCUGGGCUCUUGCCUCUCCAUCCGGAAGACGGCGAAGUUCGGCUCCGGCUUCUCGAUCUUCAGCCGCAUGCAGAUGGGCUCCUGCUGCUCGAUCUUGGAUGCGGUAAGCUUCGGCUCUUCCCUCUCCGUCCGCGCGAUCGCGCGCUUCGGAGGGCAGACGUCGGUGCUGGAUAGCGUGUACCUGGGAUCAACCUUGUCUGUCCGCGGCGUGGUCAGAUUCGGCAGCAAUUUCUCGAUCUUCGCAAUGACGAGGUCCGGGUCGUGCGCUUCUCUGCUGGACUUCAUGAGCAUGGGGUCCGCGAUGUCGUUGCGCGGCGUCGGCCGGUGCGGCUCGUUCGUUUCGAUUCUCGGCAGCAUGCGCAUGUCGGGCAACAUGUCGAUUUUGGAUUCCGUCAGCUUCGGGUCUUCCCUUUCCGUCCGUCGCAACGCCAGACUGGGUGGACCGCUGUCGAUGCACGACUGCACAUGCUUCGGGUCUGCGCUCUCGCUCCGUGCGGUAACCAGACUCGGUUCCGCACUGUCGAUCUUCAGCCAGGCAAGGAUGGGUUCCGCGACCUCGAUCAUGAACUACCUCGCGAUGGGUUCGCAGAUGUCGCUCCGCGCGGCCGGCCGACUCGGCUCCGGCUACUCGGUGUUCGGCAGGACGAGUUCCGGCGGGCAGUUCUCGAUCUUGGACAAGGUGGACUUCGGUUCGACCUUCUCGAUCCGUGCGUACGGGCGGUUCGGCGCAAACAUGUCCGUGUUCGAUUUCGUGCAUUUGAGUAGCUCACUGUCCCUCCGCGGUGUGGCGCGCUACGGAUCGAACCUCUCCGUGUUCGACCGGUCCCAAUUCGGCGGCUGUUUAUCCACCUUGGAUGCCGUGAACCUCGGUUCCGUGCUGUCCGUGCGUGCGUUCGUGAAGAUGGGGUCGACUCUGUCCAUCUUCGACUUCACGAACUUUGGCUCCGUCGUGUCCGUCCGUAGCUUCAUCCGGUGCGGAUCCACCUUCAGUAUCUACCACCGCGCACGACUCGGGUCGGCGCUGUCCACCUUGGACUUCUUCAGCUGCGGUAGUUGCUUGUCGAUCCGUGGCGUCACCCGGGCGGGAUCGGCGCUGUCCGUGUUCGGAACCAUGAGGAUCGGAUCCUGCUUGUCGGUACUGGACGUGAGUCACUUGGGUUCGGCGUUGUCCCUGCGUGGGUACGCGCGGCUCGGCUCCACGGUGUCCGUGAUGAACCAGAUCCGCUUCGGCUCGACUCUUUCGAUCUUGAACGCGAACACGCUGGGCUCCGUUUUGUCCCUGCGCGCGUACGUGCGGUUCGGAAGCGCAUUGUCAGUCUACGAGCGAUGCACGGUUUCUUCCAGUUUGUCGGUGUUGGACUUCCUGACUCUCGGGUCGUCGAUUUCCACGCGCAACCUGAUCCGAUUCGGCUCGAACAUGUCCGUUUUCAGCCAGGUGGCCUUCGGCUCCAGUCUGUCCGUGCUUGAUUACGCGAACUUCGGUUCCUCGAUCUCUGUCCGCUCGCUGGUCAGAAUCGGUUCCGCGCUGUCCGUGUUCGUGACGGAAACAUCAGAUUCCCUGAAUCUGGGUAAGCUCUCCAUCCUGGCGACGACCAACAUCGGUUCCUGCUUGUCGCUGCGUGGCUUCGCGCGGUUCGGGUCGAGUUUCUCGAUCUUCCAACGCGUGGCUUUGGGCUCGACCUGCAGCUCUUUAGAUUUCGCGCACUUCGGCAGCACGAUCAGUAUCCGCUCGUUCCUGCGAGCCGGUUCCACUGUGUCCGUGUUCAGCAAGACCACGUACGGAUCGACGGUCUCCGUCUUGAACUUUAGCGCCUACGGUUCCUGCAUGUCGCUGCGCGGCUUCGCGCGAGUCGGCUCCGCCUUCUCGAUCUUCAGCAAGGCGGCCAUGGGCAGCAACUUGUCCGUGUUGGACUUCACGCACUUGGGAUCCACGACGUCUUUGCGGUCCAUCGUCCGCCUCGGCUCGUCCUUCUCGAUCGCCGGCGCGACCAACCGAGUCUUCCUGCACACGCAAAUGUCCGUGCUGGACUUCGUGAACCUCGGGUCCAGCAUCUCCGUCCGCAGCUGCGUGCGGUUCGGUUCGACCUUCUCGAUCUACCAGCGGUUGCUGCACGGCUCGACCUUGUCCGUGCUGAACUGCGCGUGCCUCGGGAGCAGCCUCUCGCUCCGGUCCGCGAUGAGACUGGGGUCCAGCUACUCGAUCUUCGCGAAGGUGCAGAUGGGAAGCGGCAUGUCCGUGUUGGACUUCUUCGCCCUGGGUUCGAACUUGUCGCUGCGUGCCGCCGCGACCUUCGGUUCGUCCUUCUCCGUGUUCAGUCGCGGCAUGAUCGGGAGCAGCUGCAGCUGCUUGAACUUCAGCAACCUGGGAUCGACGCUUUCCGUUCGCGAGUACUGCCGCAUCGGAUCCUCGGUGUCUGUCUUCCGGAAAACCUUGAUCGGCGGCAUGUGCUCGCUGCUGAACUACCUGCACUUGGGGUCCAGCCUGUCCGCGCGCAACAUCGUGCAGUUCGGCUCCCGCGCGUCGGUCUUCGACUACUGCCACCUGGGCUCGACACUGUCUUUGCGUGCGGUGAUGAACCUGGGCAGCUGCGCGUCUCUCCGGGCCUUCAUCCGCCAGGGGUCCGCGCUGUCCGUGUUCAACCGGGUGGCGUUCGGCAGCUGUCUGUCCGUGUUGAACUUCUUCCACCUGGGGUCAAGUUUGAGCCUUCGGAACUACAUCCGCGCGGGCAGUAGCUGCUCCAUUCUGGACACGGUCCGUUUCGGGUCGACGUUGUCCGUGCUGGAUCACCUGAUGCUCGGAUCGACGCUUUCCCUGCGUGAGUACGUGCGGUGCGGCUCCACGCUGUCUGCGUUCAGCCGCUUCACGGCGGGAUCGUGCCUGUCGAUCCUGAACUUCACUGGUCUCGGCUCGACACUGUCGCUCCGCGGCUACAUCCGACUCGGAUCUUCCGUCUCCGUGUUCGAAGACGUGAAGCUGGCGCAGACCUGCUCAGUCUUGGAUUACCUGCAGUGCGGUUCCUCUGUCUCUUUGCGGUCCUAUUUACGGGUGGGUUCCGGAUUGAGCGUGUUCGGUCGGACCAAUUUUGGCUCCUGUUUGUCCGUGUUGGACGCAGCGCACUUAGGCUCCAGCCUGUCCCUCCGGUCCUACAUCCGGCUCGGAUCGACCUUGUCGGUGUUCAGCCGCACGGAGUUCGGACGGGAGUUAUCCGUGUUGACGCAGGUGCACUUAGGUUCGAGUUUGUCGCUGAGAUCCUUCGGCAGCUGCGGCUCGAAUUUGUCGGUCCUGGAUUUCACGAAUUUGGGUUCCAGCCUGUCUAUCCGCCAGUACUUCCGGAUCGGCAGUUCGAUGAGCUUGUACGGCGGGCACGUUCGGGUUGGCAGCACGCUGUCAGUCCUGGACAUGCUCCAGCUCGGUAGCGCCUUGUCUAUGCGGUCCUUCGUUCGGCUCGGCUCUACUCUUUCCGUGAAAGCGGAGGGCGUGAUGGGCUCGACGUUGUCGGUGCGCAGCUAUUUGAGACUCGGCUCCUCCAUGUCGGUGUUCUCCACGGCGCGGUGCGGUGCGGAUGUGUCGUUAUUAGACCAGAUCGAGUUUGGUUCGACGCUUUCACUCCGGUCCUUCGUCAAGUUCGGCAAGACCUGCUCAGUGUUGGACGCGACGCAACUCGGCAGCACCCUGUCUCUCCGCCAGUACAUCCGGCUCGGAAGCACUCUGUCGGUGUCCGCGGGCACGCGCUGCGGAUCCUUCAUGUCCGUGAUCGACUUUUUGACGCUGGGCUCCAGCUUCAGCUGCCGCGAGUACUUCCGGGUGGGCUCCGCGCUCUCCCUGUUCUCGUGCCUGAGGGUCGGCUCGUGCAUCUCGGUACUCGAUUCCGUGAAGUUCGGCUCUGCGCUGUCCCUCCGCCAGUACGUGCGGUUCGGCAGCGGUCUGUCCGUGCUGGAAACGACCCGCAUCGGGCAGGCGUUCAGCGUUUUGGAUUGCACCAACUUCGGUUCCACGCUUUCCAUCCGCGCCAAGGUGAACAUGGGCAAGAACCUUUCGGUCCUGGAUUUCGCGGAACUCGGAUCGGCGGUUUCGGUGCGCGCCAUCAUCCGCUUCGGAUCGACGCUCUCCGUGUUCAGCCAGGCGCGGUUCGGCAGCAGCCUGUCAGUUUUAGAUUUUCUACAGCUCGGCUCGACGAUUUCUGUCCGGAAUGUUUCUCGCUUAGGUUCCGCGAUGUCGCUGCUGUCCUGCAUCCGCGCGGGAUCCACGAUUUCUAUGUUGGACGCCAUGAUGGUGGGCUCCGCGUGCAGUCUGCGCAACUUCUGCCGCGUCGGCUCCGCGAUGUCUAUCUUCGGCAACGUGAAGCUCGGAUCCAGCAUGAGCUUGCUCGACGUGAUCGCGCUCGGAUCCUCUUGCAGUAUUCGUGCCUACACCAGGCUCGGAUCCAGCCUGUCCGUGAAGACCACCACGCGGUUCGGCUCGGAACUUUCAGUUCUCGACUACCUGGCGCUUGGAAGCAGCAUCUCCACGCGCUCCUUCGGUCGCUACGGAGCGACGAUCUCCGUCUUCGACUACUGUCAGAUGGGAUCGAGCUUGUCCCUCCGGGCGACGGUGCGCUUCGGAUCCACGAUGAGCAUCUUCGCGCGGGCGGAUCUCGGGCAGACACUGUCCGCUCUCGGCUGUGUCUCCCUCGGAUCCUCGCUCUCCAUGCGCAGCUACGCGCGACUGGGGGCGAACCUGUCCGUGCUCGACUACACGUUCUUCGGUUCCGCGAUCUCCGUCCGGAACUUCGUGCGGUUCGGCUCCAGCUUGUCGACCCUGCAGCGGACCAAUUUGGGGCAGCAGUUCUCCGUCCUGGACUGCGUGUCCCUCGGUUCCUCCUUCAGUGUCCGCUCGGUGGUGAGUUUCGGCAGCAAUUUGUCCGUGUUCGACAUGAUGUCGGCGGGAAGCAGCGUGUCCGUCCGCACGAUCAGCCGGUUCGGGUCCAGUUUCUCUGUCUUCAGCAAGUGCACGCUCGGGUCUGCGCUGUCCGUGUUGGACUUCGCGAACCUGGCGUCCAGCGUGUCCGUGCGCACCACGGCGAAGUUCGGCGACAGUAUCUCCGUGCUGAACUACGUGGCCUUCGGGUCCUCGAUCUCGCUGCGCGACUUCGUCCGGUUCGGCAGCGGCGUGUCCGUCAUGAACCAGAUGAAGUGCGGUGGCAUGCUGUCGAUCCUGGAUUGUUUGGAACUCGGUAGCAGCUUGUCGACCCGGUCCUUCGGCAGACUCGGAUCCUCCGCGUCGGUAAUGGACUUCCUGCAGCUCGGCUCCACCUGCUCCCUCCGCGCGACCGCCCGGUUGGGAUCGGUGUUGUCCACCUUUGGGCAGUUCCAGCUCGGAAAGCAGAUGUCGGUGUUGGAUCAGGUUUUGCUCGGAUCCAGCUUGUCUGUCCGGUCCGUCGCUCGGUUCGGCAGCAAUGUCUCCUUGCUGGAUCAGCUCUGCCUCGGAUCCUCCCUCUCCGUGCGCUGCGCCAUGCGGACCGGUAGCCACUUGUCCAUCCUCGGACAGGUGAAGAUCGCGAACAAUUUGUCCGUGUUGGACGUCGUGAAGCUCGGGUCCUCGCUCUCAAUUCGGGCGACGUCAAACUUCGGUGGCAGGAUCUCCACGUUGGACUUCUGCGCAUUGGGCUCCUCGAUCAGCUUACGUGCGUACAUGCGGUCUGGCUCCUCUUUGAGUCUGUUCAGCCAGGUGCGGUGCGGAUCGACUUUGUCGCUCUUGCAGCAGGCGCACUUCGGAAGCAGCUUGUCUCUGCGCACCUACGCGCGCAUGGGAUCCAGCAUGAGCGUCUUCAGCCAGGCGAAGUUCGGCUCGCGGAUGAGCGUGUUGGACUGCCUGAACAUCGGUAGCGCGAUGUCUCUGCGGCAUUACCUGCGGUUCGGAUCGGCCAUGAGCAUCAUGAGCCAGGGACGGUUAGGAUCAAGCGCGAGUUUGCUGGACUUCUUCAGCAUGGGCUCUUCCAUGUCGCUCCGCCACUACAUCCGCGGCGGGAGUGCGGUCAGCCUGUUCUCGACGGCGCGGUUGGGUAGCAACUUGUCUGUGCUGGAUCAGCUGCACUUGGGCUCCAGCCUGAGUCUCCGGUCUAUGCUGCGGUUGGGUUCCAGCCUGUCCGUGCUCGGAGACACCAGACUGUCCCACAAGCUGUCGUUGCUGGAUGGCGUCACCCUCGGUUCCUCCUUAUCCGUCCGUUCGCGUGCGGAGUUCGGGUCCCGCGUGUCCAUCAUCGACUUUUUGCAGGCGGGAAGCAGUUUGUCGAUCCGGAACUACAGCAGGAUUGGAUCCAGUUUGUCCGUUCUUGAGAAGGUGAGACUCGGCAUGAGCAUGUCCAUGAUCGACACGCUGCAUCUCGGAUCCUCUUUCUCCGUGCGUUCCACCAUGCGACUCGGCUCCGCCUUGUCCGUGCUGGACAGCUGCGCGUGCGGCUCGGCCCUGUCUCUCCGCGAGUACAUCCGGGUAGGAUCCGCGCUCUCCGUUUUCAGCAAGACGCAGUUCGGCGCUAGCUGCAGCGUUUUGGAUUUGACCGACUUCGGUUCGUCCAUGUCCCUGCGCGCGUACCUGCGGGUCGGUAGCACUCUGUCCGUGUUCAACCGCAGCACGUGCGGCAGCAGCUUCUCCGUCUUGGACUUCCUGCAACUGGGCAGCAGCAUGAGCGUCAGGAACUACGUGCGCGUUGGAUCUGCUUUCAGCAUCUUGUCCAAAGCGUCGCUCGGCAGCAACUUGUCCGUUCUCGACGUUUUCGAACUGGGCUCGACGAUGAGCCUCCGGGCGGUCACCCGACUGGGAUCCAGCUUGUCCGUCCUUCUGACCACGAAGUGCGGUGCGGCUCUGUCCACCCUGGACCAGGUUUCCCUCGGAUCCAGUUUGUCGAUCCGGUCCACCGCCAGGUUCGGGUCCGCGCUGUCCACUCUCACGUUCGUCCAGCUUGGCUCCAGCCUCUCCCUGCGCAGCUACAUCCGCGUCGGCUCCGCCUGCUCGGUGUUGACCUGCGCGCGGCUGGGAAGCUCGGCGAGUCUGCUCGACUACUUCUGCAUGGGAAGUUCCGUUUCCGUGCGGACGUUCGUCCGGCUCGGGUCCUCCAUGAGCGUCUUCAGCAAGACGUCGCUCGGAUCCAGCUUGUCCGUGCUGGAUUGCUUCCAGCUGGGAAGUUCGCUUUCCAUCCGGAACUACAUGCGCAUCGGCAGCUCGUUGUCCGUGAAGGAGAAGACGCGACUCGGCGAGGAACUGUCCGUGCUGGACUGCGUCAACCUCGGCUCGACUCUGUCCGUGCGUAACGUCGCCCGGUUCGGGUCCCGACUCUCGCUGCUCGACACGCUCGCGCUGGGCUCGAGCAUGUCGCUCCGGUCGCUCGUCCGGUUCGGCAGCAACAUCUCGGUGUUGGAGUAUGUGAACUGCGCGUCCGCGGUCUCCAUCCGCGGCUUGAGCCGGCUCGGGUCUAGCCUGUCGGUUCUGAAGACCGCACGGUUCGGCAUGGAUCUGUCGGUUUUGCAGCAAGUUGAACUCGGCAGUUCCUUCAGCGUUCGCGGGUUGUCCAGGUUGGGCAGCAACCUGUCCGUGUUGUACUUUGCGGACAUGGGUUCCUCCGUUUCGGUGCGCAACGCGAUCAGGAUCGGCAGCUCCUGCAGCCUGUUCUCCACCGCGCGGUUCGGUUCCACUUGCAGCGUUUUGGACUUCUGCGGCCUCGGCAGCUCCAUGUCGCUGCGCCAGUACACGCGCAUCGGCUCGUCUUGCAGCGUGCGGUGCAACACCAGACUCGGGGAUGCGGUCUCGAUUGUCGGUCGGUGCCACCUGGGUUCCUCCCUCUCUUUGCGCGCCGUCGCUCGCCUCGGAUCUGCGCUUUCCGUUUUGGAAUUCGUCUGCCUGGGCAGCUCGGUCUCCCUGCGCAACCAGGUCCGCAUCGGGUCCGCCAUGUCGGUGUUCAGCUGUGUGCGGUUCGGCAGCAACUUGAGUGUCUUGGAUAUGGCGAACAUCGGCUC